AUCUUCUUUUGUAUGUGCCGUGCCCCCGAUUCUCUCUUAUUCUCUCCCAACCCCGACGAUCGAAUCUAUUCCUCGCCUUGAUCUGCUGAUUUCGCUUCUCUCAGAUAAAAAAAAUGGAAAACUGGUCUAUCUCAGACCUCGUGGAAGAAGACUGGUCUAUCUCAGACAUUGUGGAAGCAAAUGAAAAAAGAUAUGUGCGUGAGAGAGGGAGACUCAUGAAGAGGAAGCGGCCAUUGGCCAACUUAUCUGUGACUGAAUUGGAACAAAUGAGGCAAGAGGCUUUAAGAAUAAUAGCAGCAUGUGGUCUCUGUCCCGAAGGAGAGAUUGAGUCUGCUCAAGAGAGGCAAAUUGGAUGCAAGAACAAGAACAUACUCACGGAUCAGCGUGUGACGACAGAAAAAUCAGAUGUUGGGCAAUCUUCAGGAGAAGGCAGCACAGAAGAAACUCAUGCAAACCCUGCCCCAGAUGAAUAAACAGAAAUCAUUUGUGUUUCUUCCCUUUUCUCUUUAUCAACAAUCGCAACUCUCAAUUAACUUGCUCUUAAUUAAGAUUUGUGUUUCUUCAGAGAA